AUGGAUAAUUUAGAAAAAAAAAAAAAAAACUGGAAUAAUGUAAAGAAUUAUAUUUUAAAGAAAAAAGAAGAUACAGAAUCGUUUUUUGCUAAUGAAGAAUUAAGUGAUGAUUUAUUAAAUUUAUUAGAAAAAAGUAAUAGUACUGAAAGAAAAUUUAUAGUAUCAAAAAAUACAAAUAUUUUAAAAUCUAAUAUAGAUAAAGUUAUUAACAUAGAUGUUUUUAAUUAUAUAUAUGAAAUGAUAACUAAAAAAAAUGAAAUGAGAAAAGAACAAAUGAAAUUAACACUUUUUAGUAUUAAUAGAUGUGUUGACUUUUUUAAUGAUUUUGCAUUUCUUAUAAAAAUUUUUUGUCAAAUUAACUUUUCUAAAUCACCAAAUACUAUAAAUCAAAACAUAUAUAAAUUUAUAUUUUUAUGGUUUUUAUUUUUAUUUAUAACAUCUUUUUUCACUUUUUAUCUUCGUAAAUUUUUUAUAUUAAAUAUAAUCCCAAAAAAACAUCACAAUUUAUUUUCUUUAUUUAAGGUUUUUAAAGAAAUUAAGUCAAUAGAUCAAAAUAAUUUAUCCAUUUUGUACUUUUAUGAUAGAAUUCAAAAAACAUAUGUAAUAAUUAACAAAGUUUUUGAAGAUAUACCUCAGUUUUUAUUGUGUUUAUUAUAUAUGAUAUUAAAUGGGAAGGAUAAAUUUAUAAUUUUUAACAUAUUAUAUUCUAUUAUAUAUUUUAUAAUUAAUACAAUUGAUCUAGGAUUUAACUACCCAAUAAUAGGAACUUUAAAUUUAUUCUUUUCAACUUAUAUUUUAGAUGAUUCUUUUGUUGAAUAUGAUGCUGCUCCUACGAAUAAAAUUUUUUGUUUAUAUUCAUUUUUUGUUUUUUUUAUAUGGUCACUUCUUGCUCUAGUAACAAAAAGAUUUGUUAGCAUUUUUUGGUUUCCAUUUAUAUAUUUUCAAUUUUCAAUACUCUUCUUAAUUUCAAUUAUGUUUUUAUUAAUUUUUUUGUAUUUUUAUUUUCAUGCAAAGCAAAGUUUUUAUUUAAACCCUUAUUAUUGUUUAUAA